AAAAAAAGGGGGUAAGGAAACCAAACACAUCAGCAUCAGCUCACAGUGAGUUUCUCCAUCUGCAGCUGUAACAGCAGAGAUAAGAGAGGAAACGUUCUUCAACAUGAGUUCUGCGGAGCAGCCGGACACCGGAGCGGACACCAGGUCAAGAAAGAGCUCCAACAAAAGUAAAGUAGAACAGAUAUACAAGGAGGUGGAAGAGAAAAUGAUUACCAUGGUAAAGAAUGAGCUAAAGAGGCAGAUAAAGUUAUUCAGUUCAGGUCACCCGGCAUGCUCGGAGAAGGAAGUGGAGGAUGAUUACAUUGUCAGAGAGAUGUUAGUGAAGCUCGCAGCACUUGUCCUCGUGAAGAUGAACCAGGAGGAUCUCUCUAAAACCCUGCAGAAGGAACUACUCUUUAUAUAUCAAGAAAGGCAUAAAUCCAAAAUAAGAGACAAAUAUAAAAGAAUCUGUGAAACCACACAACAUGGAACCCCAACACUUCUGAAUGAGAUCUACACAGAGCUCUACAUAACUGAAGGUUGCAGUGGAGACGUCAAUAAUGAACAUGAAGUGAGACAGAUUCAGACAGCAUCCAGGAGAUCAGCAACACAGGAGAAAACCAUAAAAUGCAACGACCUCUUCAGAGACAAGUCCAUCAGAUCUGUGCUGACUAAAGGAGUUGCUGGAAUUGGAAAAACAGUCUCUGUGCAUAAAUUUAUUGUGGACUGGGCGGAAGGAAAAGCAAAUCAGGACGUCACCUUCAUGUUUCCACUUCCCUUUAGAGAGCUGAAUCUGAUGAAACAUCAAGAUCUCAGUCUGAUCAAUCUUCUUCAUCAAUUUUUCCCAAAAGCAAAUGAGCUGGAGUCAAUAAACUGUAAAGCCUAUAAAAGCUUGUUCAUCUUUGAUGGUCUGGAUGAGUGUCGACUUCCUCUGAAUUACAAAAACAACAAGAUUUUGUGUGAUGUUACAGAAGCAGCCUCGGUGGACGUCCUGCUGACGAACCUCAUCAAGGGGAAUCUGCUUCCCUCUGCUCUCCUCUGGAUAACCUCUCGACCAGGAGCAGCCCAUCAGUUACCUUCUGAGCAUGUAGACCUGGUAACAGAUGUACGAGGGUUCAGUGAUCCUCAGAAAGAGGAGUACUUCAGGAAGAGGAUCAGUGAUCAGAGCCUGGCCGAUAAAAUCAUCAGACACAUCAAGUCUUCAAGAAGCCUCAAUGUCAUGUGUCAAAUCCCAGUCUUCUGCUGGAUCUCAGCCACUGUUCUAGAGAGAAUGUUGGGUGAAGCAGAGAGUGGAGAGAUCCCCAAGACUCUGACUCAAAUGUUCACAUACUUCCUGAUCUUUCAGAUCAAACACAAGGACCAAAAACAAACCAGAGAGACUAUCCUGGCACUGGGAAAACUGGCUUUCAAACAGCUGGAGAAAGGAAACCUGAUCUUCUAUGAGGAAGACCUGAGGGAGUGUGGCAUUGAUGUCAGAGAAGCCUCAAAAUAUUCAGAAGUGUGUACUCAGAUCUUCAGAGAGGAGUUUGAGCUCCACCUGGGGAAGGUCUUCAGCUUUAUUCAUCUCAGUGUUCAGGAAUAUCUGGCUGCUUUAUAUGAAUUUCUCUCCUUCAUCAACAGAAAUCUAAUGGAACAACAAACCACUGGUCUGUCUGAUCCUUCCAAAAACUCAAACAUGUCUGAUUUCCUCAAAAAUGCAGUGGACAAGGCUUUAGAGAAUAAGACUGGACACCUAGACCUUUUCCUCCGCUUCCUUCUGGGUCUCUCACUGGAGUCCAAUCACACUCUCUUACGAAGCCUACUGCCCCAGACAACAAGCAGCUCUCACGGAAAAGAUCUAACGGUCAGGUAUAUCAAGGAGAAGAUCCAGGAGAAUCCCUCUGUAGAAAAAUCCAUCAAUCUCUUCCACUGUCUGAAUGAACUGAACGAUCAACAAAUAGUUCAGGAAGUCCAAAAUUCCCUGCGAUCUGGAGAUUAUAAUCGUCUUCGUGGAAAACAAUUCACUUCUAUUCAGUGGUCAGCACUGGUGUUUGUGUUGCUGAAUUCAACACAGGAGCAUGAUGAGUUUGAUUUGAGGACUUAUCACCAAACCGAGGAAUGUCUUAUUGAACUGCUUCCAGUGGUCAAAGAAUCCAGAAAAGCUGUGCUAUAUGGUUGCAAUCUCUCAGAGGUAAGCUGCAGAGCUCUGACCAGAGUUAUUAGCUCAAACACCUCCAGACUCAGACAACUGGACCUGAGUGAAAAUAAACUGUGUGAUGCUGGAGCAAAGCUGCUCUCUGAGGGGCUGAAUAGGAAAGAAUGUAAACUGGAGAUACUGUGGCUGGUGCACUGUGGCAUUUCAGAUGUUGGCUGUGUUGCUCUGGCUUCAGCUGUGGGGACAAACCCCGAGUCAAACCUGCGUGAGUUAAAUCUGAACCGCAAUGAACCUGGAGACCAAGGAGUGAAGAUGCUGUCUGAUCUUCUGAACGAUACAAAUUGCAAACUGAAGACACUUUACUUCGAGACUGACCCCUACGAGCUGGAUAGAAGUUUCAACUCAUAUCUUUCAAACAAGCCCUCCUGCCCUGACUUGGAUUUAGUUCAUUUUGCCAAAUCACACAAACACGGUCCAAAUAAGUACACAUAAUUACAGCCAACAAUAUACAACAUAGGGCAUAAAACAAUACUUAGAAGAAAUUCUAAAAUAUAUUUCUCAGAUUCUGUUUUUCAUUCAACCCCUGCCUUUCACCCAGUGUGUGCUGGGAUAGGCUCCAGCAGAUUCCCGAGACCCUAAACAGGAAUAAAGCGGGUAUAGAAAAUGGAUGGAUGGAUAUUUUUCAUUCAAGUAAUUGCUGAUAAUAUUAUUGAUAAUGUUAAACUGGGAAAGAUGUUAAAGAGAAUCAUUGUUAGUCCUCAGACUUUUAGACUUGUAUUUAAAGUGUGGACCAAUUUGGAUGGAUAGAAAUUACAGAUAUACAAAAACCUUUAUAUUAAAUAAAGAAACAAACAACAUUCAAAAAAGAGCAAAGAUAGAUAGAUAGAUAGAUAGAUAGAUAGAUAGAUAGAUAGAUAGAUAGAUAGAUAGAUAGAUAGAUAGAUAGACAAUAAGAAAGAUUAUAUCAUAUAAAUACAUUAAUAAUAUAAGUAUAUUAUGGAUAUGAAAUGAUGAUCUGAACAGUGUGCUGUAGUUACUGGAGCUGAUUGCAGUGACAGACAGACAGACAGACAGACAGACAGACAGACAGACAGACAGACAGAUAGAUAGAUAGAUAGAUAGAUAGAUAGAUAGAUAGAUAGAUAGAUAGAUAGAUAGAUAGAUAGAUAGAUAGAUAGAUAGAUAGAUGCUCCUCUAGCAGAUCACAAGCACAGACUAGUUAGAAGAUCUCCAGCAUCCUGAUGUAUACAUUGAAAGGUCUGCGCUUCCUCGGAUAAUAAAGCCUGCUCAUCACCUUCUUCUACACAGUCCUCAGUGUUGAGUCCUUCAGUCCAAUCUGUUGUUCAGUAAACAUCCAACAACUUAUAGUGUUUGACAAUUCCAACCUCCUCAUCUGUGAUGUUUAAAGGCUCACGGUUCUCAUCCUUUUACAACUCGCCAGCUUUAGUUUGCAACCCAGAACAAUGAGCAGAACAGACUGAAAUAGAAAAUAGCCUUUAUUUGUCACAUACACAUUACUGCAUAUCCCAUCCUUGAAGGUUGGGGUCAGAGUGCAGGGUCAGCCAUGAUACAGCACAGAGAGGGUUAAGGGCCUUGCUCAAGGACAGCAGCAACUUGGCAGUGCUGGGGUUUGAACCCCCAAUCUUCCAGUCAACGACCCAGAGCCUUAACCAUUGAGCUACCGCCACCCAAACCAAACCACUGUAGUAACUGGUAUCUGAAAAGAUAACAGAAGUUCCUUUCUGCUGCCUCACCUAUCACUUGGUUUUGACUGGACAGCAGUUUUUGAAUUUGAAAACAAUUUGUA